AAAAAUCGAAUACAGAAAUAUUCAAUAGGAAAUGUUCCUUGCAAGUUGCAUGCCCUCCUCGGAACUCGGAAUUACCUAAUUCGAACUGCGCAGCCCUCUUUGCGAUCGCCACAAUUCUCUGGACUUAUUCGUAGUUCACACAACAUCCGAUCCUUACGGCCAUCGCCGUGACUUUGGCUUACAGCCGGCGAGCGGUUGGAAGUUGGAAACCCUAACUAUCUGACGUCUACUGAAGCAUUGAAACCCCCUAUUUUUUGGAGGAUGACCGGACCAUCAUGGCUAGUUGAUAGCAAAAGGAUUGCCAAAAAGAUUAAAAAUGCAUCAGACAGAGCAGAUCCCCGGAGCAUUAAAUGGAUAAGCAACCCUACCAAAGCUUGUCCGAGGUGCAAUUGUGUUAUUGAUAAUAGUGAUGUUGUACAUGAAUGGCCUGGCUUGCCUCAUGGUGUGAAGUUUGAUCCUUCUGACCAAGAGCUGCUGCAGCAUCUGAUGGCUAAAGUCAGGAAAGCAGGUGCAGAACCUCAUCCUUUCAUCAAUGAAUUCAUACCAACGGUUGAAAAGGAUGAAGGAAUAUGUUAUACGCACCCUCAGAAAUUACCAGGAGUUAAGCAGGAUGGAAGUGCUUCUCACUUUUUUCAUAGAACAUUCAAGGCUUACAAUACUGGAACUCGUAAGCGUCGAAAGAUAAACACUGAUGAUCUUGGGGAUGUCCGCUGGCACAAAACAGGAAAGACGAAACCGGUGCUUUUAGAUGGGGAGCAUCUGGGAUGUAAAAAAAUAAUGGUUCUGUAUGUUAGUGCUACAAAGGGAGGUAAAGCUGAAAAGACUAAUUGGGUGAUGCACCAGUAUCACCUUGGCAUUGGUGAAGAUGAGAAAGAUGGUGAAUUUGUUGUCUCUAAAAUACUUUUUCAGCAACAGUUAAAACCUUGUGAAAGGAGUAUAGUAGAUCCAAUCAUAAAAACUACAGAGGAUGUUGCUGCUGCGACGGUAAUCAUGGCUUGUACUGGAUCUGCAACUCCUGAAUACCAUGAUGAAUGUCAACAUAUGAUUCAAACCUCAGAGGAAACGUCUGAUCAGGUAAAAGUAGAUCAUGACCCUGUGGAGAACUGUGAAGUUUACCCUGCAGGGGAAGAACUCCAUUAUCAAAGUUUUGGUACCAGUAAUGGGACCAAAGAACUUCACAAUGAAGUUCCUGCUCAAGAUAGCCAAUGCGCAGAAGAACCCAAAUGGUGGGAAGGUGAAUCACAGUUCCUGCUGGAUUCACAGCAGCUUGCUGAAGGCAUUGCACUAUGUGAUGAGUUCCUCCAUAGCCAGUCAUCUUAUGCUGAGGAUGAGAUUAAACAUAGUAAAUCCUGCUUGUCAGAUUAUGCUUUUAUUGGAGUUGAGGAUUUUAAAAAGGACCUAGAAGAAUGUCAGAAGCUCAGCCGCGACAACGGCCAGUCAUCAAAAAGUGAACUCGACACAACUGGUGAUAUGAGACUCAGCCAACUUGAAUUUGGAUCUCAAGAUAGCUCUCUGGGGUGGGAACAAGCAAACUUAAUGACUAAUUAGGUAGAGAUCAAUCAUCCUCUUUUGUCAUAAAUAUAUUACCAUCCAUAUGUUUUGCAUAUGCAGUUGUCAUUUUUGCUAUGCCAUUUUGGCAGGAAAUGCUCCUACUUAUGUAUGAAAUUAACCUGUAACGAUGCUUGGAACGUUACAUUUGUGAUAACACUGCAUAUGAUGUUGUAAAAGUUGUAACAUUUUGAUGACAAAGUUGUAGUGCAUGGUACAAAACUAUUGAUAUGUACAA